AACAAUCCUCAAGGAAUUGGCAGAGAACUUUACACAAAAAAACCACAUCAAUUUGCCAGAGCUCAACAUCAAUUUUUUGAGAACAUGGCUAACAAACUGAGUUUGCUCAUCUUUAUGAGUGCUAUAGCUGUCGGUCUGGCUUUAACCACAACAACAGCAGCCACCAGGGAACCCAUGCCCACUACCACUGAAAAGCAGAUGAGCAGCGGCCCCAUGAAGUCCUUAGACCGACGUGACAAACGGCAAUUGACUGCGAAUGGUGGCCAGAGCAGCUUGGCCGGCUCCAGUGGCUCGUUUCCCAUUUUCUUCGAUGGGGUGAAUGUGAAUCCCCCCCUCCAACAGCUGCCGCCCCUCCAGCAACUGCCGCCCCUGCAACAACUGCAGCCCCUGCAGCCCAUCACGGUGGUGACGCCCGUGGCCUCCAACUCGAAUGCCCAGAGUCAGCAGCCGCAGCAGGGUUGGCUGCCCGCUUUCGGCCAGAAUCUGCCCAUAAUUGGCACCUGGGUGGGUGGGCUGCCCAAUUUGAUCAGUGGCCUGGGAUUGGGCACCCUGAAUGGAGGUUUCGGCACACUGGGUGGCCUGAAUCUGGGAAAUCUGGGCCUGGGCGGAGCGGCUCCUGUGCAACAAGGUGGAGCUGCACCAUCUAAUCAAAUCCCGGGAUCCUCGCCGAAUCCCCAGGCCAGUUGUCCGUUGACCCAGAAGCUCAGCUGCCGCUGUGAGCCGCUCCUCCAGUUGCCCGGACUGAAGCCCAGCUCGAAUCCUCUGAGAUCCCAGCUGGUGCAAAUCCUGCGGCAGAAUGCCCGCAAGAACGACGAUGGAUCGCAGGAGAUGCGGGUGAUCCUUAGCAGCGGACAUGUGAUCUACCAGCGCACCGCCAGGGAUCUCGGCCAGACUGGCUACCUGGCCAUGCGGAUUCAGUCGGGCAGGUACUUCAACAUCUACUACAGCGUCAACGACAAGGAGUACACGGUGCGGGCGGAUGUCAAGGACACGCCGCCCACCUCCGAUUUCGAUGACGAGCUGAGCGGUCAACUGUAAAGUGUAAAAAGGAGUUGGCCAAUAUGGAAAUCCUUCGGGUUAACUUUAAGUUUCAUUUUUUUUUUUUAAUUUAACUGCCCUCUUUUUGUAUUAAAUGGAUUUCCAAGCCAAUAAAAAGCUGCAUUAAACGA